AUGAGUGGAGAAGAAAACAAGAAAGUAAAAGCAAAGACUGAUAGUGAACUCUUUCUGAAUAAUGCUAACAAAUGUGAUUGGAAGAUUUUGAAAAGUGAAUCAUGUGCAGGUGCAAAUGCAGCUUCCAGAGCUGACAUGAAAUUAGCUACAACUGAUCCUCUAUCGGAAAUAGUUUGGUCUCCUGAAAAAGGUUUAAGUCUUAAAUGUGCUGAUAAAAACAGUUCUCUUUUUCGCGUUGUUGGACCAAGCUGUUGUAUGGUUCUUUCUCCGCCGCAAAGUGUUACUUAUUGCAACUCUAUCAUUCAUGAACCUAUAGCUGUCGCAUGUGUCGAUAGAGGUAUUGCAGACACAAUGAGUGAUUCAGAUGUCAAGCCAGUUUCUAAAGUUGAGGAAGAAAAUAAUAUCGAUAAAGGAAAAAAGGUAGUUGGGAUAGAUGAUGAUUUACAUACCGUAGUUGAGCCUAUAUUUGAAUAUCGAGGCUCUGGUGAUCCGCGGACUAACUUAGCGUCAUCCAGUCGAAAUCCCUUGGGAGAAUUUGAAUCUAGUGCCGAAAAUGAUAUAAGAAAUGUUGACGCCGAAGCUGCUUGUGCUGCAACAUGUGGAGGUAUUGUUAAGGAGAUUGAAAACGAAACUCGGGAGAAUGAAAUGAUGCUACAUUCCGAUAAGGUUGUUCCGGUCUCACAUUCUCCGUGUAACAGUGGAAUUCGCGUGGCGGAAAACAAAGGCAAGGAAAAGUUCUUAACAGACGGGGAUGCUAAUGUAAAAAGCGGCGUAACUUUCAGCAACAGCAGUUGA